AGCUAGCACAGGGUAAUCACUUUAGAACUUGGUGACAAAAACGGCUGCGCAUGCCUUUGCCCAAGAGACUUCUGGAGACACAUGUUUCAUCACCCAAGGAAGUGAGGGGUUCAAGGCAUCACAGCUUCCUGAAAUGCUUCUGCAGUCACAGUUGUGAAGAUGGACAGGCAGGCAAUUUCUCCCUCUAUGCCUCAAGGAGAGGUAGAAAGCAGUAACGUGAGGGAUGAAAACUUGGGAACAACAGAGCUGGAUAUGCUGGCAAAAGCACACGAGUUCUUCCAAAUCUGUGAUAUAGAAGGCAAAGGAUUUGUGUUUCGUCAUGAGAUGCAGAGACUUCAUGGUGAGUUACCACUUAGCCCUCAAGAGCUGGAGAACGUUUUUGAUACUCUGGAUGCAGACGGCAAUGGUUCACUUACUCUAGAGGAAUUCACCACUGGAUUCAGCCAGUUUUUGUUUGGACAAAAGAAAUCUAUUUCUGAGCUUCAAUGGUGUGAAACUGAAAAUGUGCAUCAGCCUAACUGGGAAGAAAGCAACUUGGAAGGUGAUGAGGAAGAUCAGUUUUCAAAUCUUUUGGAAAGCCUUGGAUCUAGCACGAUAUUAGAAGAUGAGAGUACUAUAAAGAAACUUUGGUUGCACCUGAGGAAGGAUGAACCUCAUUUACUUUCCAGCUUUGAGGAAUUCCUGGCAAAAGUUCUCUCUCAGCUCCAGGAAGCCAAUUAUGAAAAGGAGGCCCUGGAAAAUGCCUUGCAGAAGAAAAUCACUGACUAUGAUGAAGAAAUAAAAAACCUUUAUGAGGAGAUGGAACAGCAGAUCAAAAAUGAGAAACAAUCAUUUCUCUUGAAAGACACAGAGAGGUUUCAGUCCCGAAGUCAGGAUCUGGAGCGUAAACUUACAGCAAAAGAACAGGAGCUAGAACAGCUUGCUCAGAAACAGAAAAGAUUGGAGGGACAGUGUAGAGAGCUGCACCAUGACAAGAUUGACACAAAAGUAGAAAACACCAAACUGAAACUCACAAACCAAGAGCUGCAGAAUGAAUUGGAAAUAACAUCCCAGGCAUUAAUUGUUGCCCAGCAGCAGCUGCAGAUACUUCAAGAGGAGGCCAAAAAGCUUCAGGAGGAAAAAGAAGUUGAGGUUUACAGAGUGACAGAAACAUUACAGAGGGAAAAAUCAGGGCUGCUUAAACAACUGGAUUUCUUACGAGAAAGGAAUAAGUACCUGAGAGAUGAACGUGACAUGUGUUUAUACCAGAAAUCUGAGCAUGUUCCGCCUGCUGCUUUGAAACAGAGAUCAGGCUCAAUCAUUGGCAACUAUCUGGAAGGAAAAGGUUCAUUGAAAAGCCGGACUUCAGAAGAUGAUGACACAUUUAGCACUUCAAGGAGAAGAAAUUCCUAUGGCUUGAAUGAAUGUCCCACAGUAGAUUCUGAAUCUACUGCUGCUGGCGGACUCAUACGCAAAAAGUGUUUACAAAGAAUAAUAUCAAUUGAAGAAGAUCAUCUGCCUCAGCUUCUUGACAGGUCAGAGAAGCAGCUAACCAAAUGGUCUGAAGAGGAUGAAGAUGCCUUGCCAGAUAUGGAAAUAAAUGGGACCCAGAUAAAAUCCCCAUCAGAACAGACACCUUCCUCUCCCAGGGAGCAACCAGUAGGGAAAGAAACACUAUCAAAUGAUGAACAGGUGCUUGGCCCAGAUCGUUUAUUCAAGAUUGUUUUUGUGGGUAAUUCCAGUGUGGGAAAGACCUCCUUUUUAAGGCGAUUUUCUGAAGACCAUUUUUACUCGGGCACUGCUGCUACUGUUGGUGUGGAUUAUAGCGUGAAAACAGUGAUAGUGGAUAAUAGCCGCAUAGUGCUGCAGCUCUGGGACACUGCUGGGCAAGAAAGGUACCGCAGUAUCACUAAGCAGUUCUUCCGAAAAGCUGAUGGUGUUGUUGUAAUGUAUGAUAUCACAGCAAGAGACACAUUCCAGGAUGUGAAGCAGUGGUUAGUGAGCAUUGAGGAGGCAGCAGGGGAGAACAUACCUGUCCUUUUACUUGGCAAUAAAAUUGAUAAUGAAAAAGAACGGGAAGUCCCUCAUGCAUUAGGAGACCAUCUAGCCAAGGAGUACAAAUUAAUGUUUUAUGAAUGCAGUGCCUUGUCUGGUGACAACACUAACAAAUCCCUACUUCACUUGACUAGAGAUAUCCACCUCAACAACGAGACCAGCAAAGUAAAUGUAUGGACAUCUUCUAAUGCCCGAACACAAAUUAGAGCCUGGGAAGGCAAGGGAACUGUUUGGUACGAGUAGUACUAAAUGCUGAUGGAGAGACAAGGAGAUCUGGGACUGCUGGUCUUGGCUCUAGCUGCUCAUCUGUUACAACACUGCAAGUUUAGACUUUCUGGAAUAGUAAUGGCCUACAAAGGCCUUAAGCUAAUUUGUAAAAUCAGUUAAUCCUUUGUGGCUUUAACAAAUCAGAUGUUUCAGUACUUUGAAAAUGACACUUAUACGAUUCAAAUUUCAAGAGCACUUCUAGAAAGACUGUAUUAUUAAACUUUCUGACUUGAAUCCAGCAGAACAAGAGACUAAAACUUGGAAUCACUGUGCCAGAAAUAGGUUUUGAGCAGUGUUUUCCCCCCUCCCUUUCCUUUUCUUUACUGGGUUUUGCUCUUUUUCAUUUACAUUGCCAAUAAUUUCCCUGGAGAUGACAGACCUUUUCACACUUUCUGGGAUCUUGAAAGAUCUUUCCAUAGAAGAGUUCCAAAGCCUCCCCCAAGCCCCUCUGGACAUAGCAGAGGCUCAUCUGUUGUGGGCCACUGUUCUGUUUUAGGCUCAGACUACCUGCAGCCAUACCAUUCCUGCUGUUAUCAUAGGGAGGUGGCUUGUGUGUGUGUUUGUGUGUGACUUCUGGUUGUGUCUGUCUGUGAAUAUCCACUUUUGUCCCAGGCCUGUGUACUGCUAGUAGCAGUGCCUUGUGCCCACUAACCACAAUGGGCACCAGCCUCCAAUGCCUGGGCAUGUUCCAAACACACACCUUUCUAUUCCAUCCCCACCCCUGCAAGUGGAGCUGCUGUGGUGGGGCAUUGAUGCAGGUGAAGCUUUCCAUUCCCAUCCAUAGAAAAUCUUUGUAGAUGGUCAGACCUUCCUCUGUGGGUGAAGGAAGCCUGCAAAUGCAACCAAUAUAGCCAGAACAAUCUCUCAAGGGAGUGUGGGAUUGCUCCCAUAGGCUUUAUAAUCAGCAUUGAAAUCAAUCUUAUUCUGUCUUUAUUACUAAAUGAGAAUCCAGUGAUCAUUUUAAAAAAAUCAGCUCUAUAUAGCUAAUAUUCACGGUUAUCAUUAAUAAGGGAAGAGACAGAAGAAAUAUCUGCGAGGUACUUUUCGAUAGUGUAAGCAGAUGGGAAAUAUGUCAGUUUGUUACUACUUUAAUUUUAGGAUACAAAUGUAUAAAUUUUGGUUUGCAUUGUAGACAUCAGACAUUUUAAAAAGUCUUUAUGACUUGAAAUAAUAUUGUCAAAAGUGUUUUCAGCAUCUGAAAAGUUUGACUAAUACUAUCAGUUAAAUGUAGAAGUUCAUAUGUAAAUGUAAAACUUAAAAUGGUGGGCAUUCUUCUGUUGAAUAAAAACUUAUUAUCAUGGAAUAUAUUUAUGUAAUACUGAUUUAAAUGAUUUGUCAAUAUUGUUUUUAAAUGUGUUAUGGCCAUUAUUUUAAAAUGGUAUUUAUCUAUAGAAGUAACUUGGGAGUAUGCUAGCUUCUAAACAAGAACCUCACAGUUUCUUAUUUAUCACACACACACACUUACUUUUUUUGCUAAACACACACACACACACACACACACACACACUUUUUUUGCUAAAAAUUAGUUGCCAAACCAUCAUACUGUUUCAGUGCUAUAAUAACCAUAUGUAUUUCUUUACUAUAACUAAUUAAUCUUAUUUUUCAAAUACCUGUCAUUUUUUUAAUUUUAUUGAAAAUAUAAGCUUUCAUAUUAAGAUUUAUCAAGGUUAUUUAUUUUAAUUAAAGAUAAUUAUUUUAAAAUUGUGAUAACCCAGGAGGAAUUUUUAAAAGCUGCCAACCAUUCCAAAAGAGAGUAUUUUGCUUUCUGCUCUGCUUUGCCCCUUUAACUAAUGUGAUACAUUGAUUUGAUACAUACAUUUGAUACAUUAGAUUUGAUACAUUGCUUUUUUCAGAACAUUGUUUUACAAAACACAUGCAUAUAUGUAUCAUUUGCACGUUGACAGUUCUGCAAAUUCUAACAAUAAAACUAAUUCUAUCUCUAUUAUUUGCAUUUUCCUCAUUUAAGUAAUAAUUUAUGGACUUAAUGUUUCACUUGUGUUUGCAACAGGUCCUGCUGUAAUUCAAAACAUACCUAAUUUUGUGUAGGUAACCCUAGCAAAAAUGUAUAACCUUUAGGAUUUUCUAAAUUACUUUGCUUUGGAAAUGUUAUAGGUUAACAUUCCCUUUUUCUCAAAUUUACUUCUAAAAUAAUCUUAACUUUACGAUGAUAAUGAACUCUUAGAAACAUCUUAAGCUUACUUGUUUGGGUUGAAUGGUACUAGUAAGAUGGUGUUACAGUACUUCGAAAAUUGUCCUUUUUAUUCCAAAUGCUACCCAUUGUUUUUACAGCAAGAUACUAGCAAAAGAGGCAAACAUUACUUGAUCUAAUGUAGUGCUUACAGCAGUAGUGGGGAAUCUUCAGCUUGUGGAAGCUUCCACCAAGCCUCUCCUCUCCCCCAACCCAUCAAAUUCCACACUCUGGAGGAGUUAGUAGAGAGAUGAUUCCCCACUCUUAUGUGCAUCAGUGAUCAGAGAAGACUGUCAAUUCCAUUCAUAGCAGUACAUUAUCCAGUCAAGAUAAGGGACAGUGCAGAGCCAUUUGGUGUCAUGUAGUAUGGUUUGGUUCUAGGGUCAUAACUAAAAUAGUUAUACUGAAAUAAAUGAGUAUGACUAUUACUUGGUCUGUUGUGUUGUAUGUUGUGUGGAUACUGUGUGCUCUUAGGUGGGCUUCUGGGUUUUAGGAUUGUUAUGGGGCUGUGCGUGUUUUGUUCUGGUUUCUGAGUGUUCUUUGUGAAAUUCAUUGCAUGUUUAU